AUGCAACUGCAUCAAUCAGACUCAGACUUAGCAGACAUACUAAAUCAUCAAUUGGAUGUACUAAAAUGCCCAUUAGUCAUUGAUGAAUCCCUUGUCGAGACAUUAUCAAGUCCAGCGAAUGCUGAUGAAAACAACAAUAUAAGCGAAGUUCAAUUACAAAACAUACUCGACACUGUCAAUUCUUCUUUGACUGCGCAGUACGACGAAAGAUUUACACCUCUGAGAAACAAUGAAAUAAUACAGAAAGUUUUGGACUCUGAGUCCCAAAAAUACAGCAAAGUGAAUCAGCAAGUAUUUAAAGUUUACCACACACUACAAGGGUUUGACAUAUCGUGCUUCGACUGUCUAUCUAAAGAUGAAAUGAAAUUGAAGCUUCAAAACUUGAAAGAGAUUGUUCAUGAGCUACCAGAGCCAAGAUAUUUAAUAAUACUGGAUCACGAUGGGGCACGUCAGUUACACAGAAAGCUUGAUGGCAAUGUCAAACAGGUUGACACAUAUAAGUUGUUGCAAGUUUACACCAAUCUUAGAAACGAGUUGAUUUCAUUGGAUACCGCCUUGCGAUACAACUUUGAUAAAACGGAAUACCUACGAGAGUUGAAUACAAAGUUAAAUGAAACGUUUAGUAUGAGGAACGACACAAUUGACACCAACGUGAACAACCGACAUGCGCAGCUCGGCAAUAUACAAGUUGAGAUCGACAGGUUUAGAAUUCUUAUUGAAAAGAUGGCUUACAAGUCAAGCUUGAGCGAUUUGCAAAAUUCAUAA